CUAAUUAGCUGUUUUAUUAUUAUAGAAUAUUGUUCAAACCAGACGGGCUUUGUGAACUCGUCGUCUUUUUGGUACCGGCGUCUAUGGUGGUUCUUGGAGGUGUUUCUCUUUGGAAGGCCUUCCUCUGGUGGAACGUCAUAUUGCUCCUGGCAAGUUUCUUUUUCGGAGUCAUCGGCCUUAACGCUGCCCAUCAUCAUCCAGAGUUGUUCCACGACGGCGACGAGCCCAGGGAUAAAGACUUGGAUUGGGGCCUUGCCCAGAUCGACACUGUGAGGGACCGGGUUGAAAUUAAAGGUAACGUGCCCUUGACGCUCGUCCUCUUCGGUGAACACUGCUUGCACCAUUUAUUCCCGACGGUGGACCACGCUCACCUCCAUAAACUGUACCCACUACUCGAGGAGACCUUGGAUGAGUUCGGAGUCGAGUACAAAAUGGGUUCUAUUUGGGAUUUGAUCAGGGGACAAUUUCUCCAGCUCGCAAGGAACCACAGCGUUUCAUUUAAAAAGACACAAUGACUCAAAUCAACUCGUAGCGUAUCAUUUUUUAUUCCUUCAACUCUUUCUCUCUACUAUGUACACCUAGUACUUAAACCAUACUUGUACGAUAUUUAUUGAUUAAAAAUGCAACCAAAGUUAAAAUCGAGUCUACUUGUUCGAUAAUUUCUAGAAAAUUAUAAGUUAGUCAACAAUA